AUAUAUACGAGUAUAUAUAUCAAUAGGAAACGUUACCAUUCCCUCAAUGUACAUAUGAUUACAACUGAAAUUUUGCAACAAAGUCAACCUGCAUACUUGACACUUGUUUAUUGCAGAUAUGUGAUAAAAAUUUGAAAAUAAUGAACGUAAACAGUCGCUUUCCUGGCAGCACCCAUGAUAGUUUUAUAUUGAGUCAGUCAC